UCCGGUAACAAUAUUUGUAAAUGUCGUAAUCUACGACAUCUGUUUACAACGCAUAACGGUGUGUUUUGUAUUUUCUGGGUGUAUUUAAUACGUAUUAAUUGUUCGUGACGUCUUAGAUGUGGAUGAUGGACUGAAGGAUCCAUGUCGAUUGAGGUGAAAAUGCCACUCUUCAGGAAGCAAAGUGAAAAAGGAAAGAAGCGUCAGGAGAGACAGGAGUAUUUGGCCCAGGAUAAUCCAGAGCCGACGUUUGAUCUGUCAGCAUGUGAGAUAAGUCAUAUUCCUUCAGGAGUGUUUGCAAGAUGCAAGAUUCUGCAGAAAGAAGCCUUGCUGCUGCAUGACAACUGGCUGGGUUCCAUCUCAGGGGGAAACUUCUCGGAUCUGAUCACACUCAGGGUGUUGGACGUCCACAACAAUGAGAUUAAGGUUAUACCUGAAGAUAUAGGAAUACUUGUAAACUUACAGGUGUUGAGUUUGGAGGGCAACAAGUUGAAGAAGAUUCCAGAUACAAUAGGCGACCUCCGUUCACUCCAGACUCUGAACGUUAAAAAGAACAAAAUCAGCCAUUUGCCCGACACAAUGUGUGAACUGCCUUGUUUGCGGCUUCUGGACAUCUCAGAUAAUGAAGUUACCUCCCUUCCUAAGAGGCUGUGUUACAUCCGCACCCUGGAAACACUUGUACUCGAUGCAUCCCGUAUGAAAUACCCAGAUAAAGAGAUCUGUAAGAAGGGUACAGAGGACACCAUGAAGUUUCUAUGCAGCGCGAAUGGACUUGAGUACCAGCCCCCCUCCAACUUCCUGCUCAACAUCCUGGAGCCCCCGAAGCCAGUCGCCUCAUCCUGGAGUAGCAACUCGCUCAAGGCCUAUCAGGAGGAGGCCAAGAUGAUGAAAUCAUUGGAACAGUAUCAAGAUGUGGUGGACAAGAAGCGAGAAGACAGGACGUACCUGGAGAAGAUGAUGCGCGAGGAGCAGGAGGUUCAGGCCAUCAUGGCCGCCAAGGUCAUGUCUCAGAAACAGAACCUUGUAGAUGCCAUAGCCAAGGACCAAGAGCGAAUCUUAGACGGCUUGAAUCAGCUCAGUGAGAAGAAGGGUAUGGAAAGAGAAAUGAUGUUCGGGGAACUCAAAGAAGUGGAGAAGAGUGCUGACGAGCUGUUGGUCCACCUGCUGGACAUGACAGAGAAGGCCAAGAAGACGGAGGAGCUGCUGGAUGAGCUGGAGCAGGAGAGGAGUGUGAAGGACGGACUGUUUGAGGUGAGGUGGGAAGAGUUUCAGACUCUUCGGAAGCAGGAAGUUCUUCGAGCGAUGAAGUGGAUCCUCCAGGACGACGAGGGGAUGGAGAAACUGAGACAAGAGUACACCAUCGAUAAGGACAACCAGAACAAGAGGAACCUCGAACAAGAGACCCUGAUAGCUGGUGAUCAGGUGGAGAGCUGUCUUUACCACCGGCAGGCCCAUCAGAAGGUUGUCAUGGAAACGCUAGCUGAGCAGGAGCAACUACAGAAGCAAGCGUUUGAAGCGCUGUUGGUGGCCAAAGAUGCCAAGAGCAACCGAAUCAACAGCCAGAUCAAGCUGAUCGAGGAGCAGUUGAUACAGCUGACUCUUGUGGAGCAGGAACGGAAGGAUGCACGGGCAGAGAUGGAGCUGAACCUGAUAGCUGAUAAGCGAAUUGCAUUGUCGGCGAUGUUGGCACAGCUGUUGGAGGAGCGAGACAUGAGACAGGUGGAAAUCAAGAAGAGGCUGCAUGAGAUGGAUGGCAAGUGUGUCUGUGUGUUUCAGAGAUUUGGACAGACAGACUACUGGCUGGUGCAGACAUACUACUGGCUGGUGCAGUACCAGCGUCUCAUGGACAAGAAGCCACAGAGACUCAUCGAUAGCGAGAACGCUCUUGAGGUGGAGGUGGUGAAAAUUCUGCGCAAGUCAGGAGCAGAUGACUACUUGCCUUUGUUUGCACGACACAAGAUCACCAUAGAAACCAUUGUUCAACUUACAGAGGAUGAUCUGAAACAGGUUGGUGUUCACGAAGUCGGCCUGCGGAAGUCCAUCUUGCGCUAUACAGAAGAGAUGAGAGUGGAGAACAAACUAGGGGGGAUAACUCCUACUGUGGAGACACCAGCCAAGCAGGUUGCUACCUCUAUGGAAGAGCCGUCAUCGUCAACACAUGUCGAGCCAUCUGCCCCCGAGGAGCCUGCUGCUGGCGCCAUGUUUCAGAGACAGAAGUCCAUUAUCGCACGGGGGAUGAACUCCGAGUGCUCCAUUUGUCUGGAGAGAGAGUCCCAAGUGAUCUUCCUCAACUGCGGACAUAUUUGCUGCUGUGUCAUGUGUUGUGGGCCACUGACCAUGUGUCCGCUGUGUCGAGCACCGAUCGUACAGAAGAUCAAGAUUUCACAGCAGACAUGAAUGACCUUCACCUCAGCAGUUCAGCAAAACCAGUUUCUCUUCCAUAUACAGGAACUUGUGGAGAUGCAUUGGAGCUAUAUUAUUUUGUAUUGGUGAACUGUAGCUUGUGGCCUUUAUGAUUGUUCAUUAGUAGCUGUGAUGAGCGUAGGGACCUAGGACCAUGGUAAUGGCGAAAAGACGAACUGGCCUCGGUGGUACGUGAUUAUGGAAGAUUUACCCAUUCCACGUUGUCUUUGUUAUUUAAAGAAUAAAAGACAUUAUUGUUUUGUUUUUGUUUUCACCCUGAUGGAUUGUAGUCCAUCCUUAUAUGUUUACCUUUCUAAAAAAACAAUCUGAGAAAUUGUUUUGACAUGGAUUAAAACUGUACAGUAUAUUACUAAAGCCCUCUGACAGACUAGGUUUUGGGACUCAUUUAUUGUGUGUGAUUAAACUAUUAUUGAAAAGCAAGAUAAUCUUGCUCUACAAAGAAUCUUAGCUUAAUUUGUUACUACCAGUCCUGAGGUCAAGGUCAGUUGAAGGUUGCCACCUAUUGUAAUGGCAGGAUGAUAUCAUUUGGUAUACAAAUGUUGCAAUAAGUUGAAGCAUUUAAAUAAUAGCUGUUCAUUUUGAUAUAAAGAAUGAUUAGACAUUGUCCUUUUGAUACUUGCAUGAAAUUAUGUGUAUAGUCGAUGUACAGAUUUACCCAUUUUGAAUGUAAAUAGUUUUUGUAUAUGUGUGCAUGUUGUAGUGUUGUGUAGUUGACUGCUUGCAUGUGGAGUGGGUUCUACUUGGUAGAAGGACCAGAGAUUGAAACAUUACUAGAAUAUCUGUGAUACAAAAUGUUGGCAAAGUUAAUAACACCUUUGUCGGAGCCCGUAGUUCCAUAAACAAUGCCUAGGUGAUUACUUACUGAUCAAGCCAGUAUUUGUUGGAUGUCAAAAGUGUGAUACAGAUGAUAGUAAAGUGCUAAAUUAUUGUGCAUGGUUGGACGUUGGUCCAGUGGUCUGUUACACUGACUAACAAUUUAUUGGCUGCAAAUGGAAAGAGUAUUUUGGAGACAUUCACACUACAAAUGGGAACAGACAGAAUUACGGUCUCACAUAAUGUUCCAAUACUAUCAGAAGUUAGAGAUCUGUUACAUAGUUUUACUGACACAAUAGCGUGAAUGUAGAGACGGACAUUAUUCCUGUACUUUACAAUCUGAGGGCUGCAGUAGUAACUAUGGCAUGUAUGAAAUAACAUAGCCACCAUCUGGACCUGGUAUCUGCUAGGGUUUUGUUGUGUAUAUGUUUGUAUAUAUUUACAUGUAUAUAUCAUAGGAUAGAUUGUUGAGUUGUAGACACAGCGAUGAAAUGUACAGUAGUGUUCUCCAUCUACUGCAAUUGGACACUGAUAGGUGUUAAGGUUUGGACUCUGGGACAGAACAAAAUGGACAAGGGACCAUGUGUCAUAAAACCCAGUCAAGACUCAAGUAAUUUGGUGACUGUGUGAAGUCUGGUGAAUGGAAGGUUUAAGUUAUCUCCCCUGGACAGGUACAUAAGUCCUUGACAUUGGACACAAGUCCAUCUUAACCCAACCUGCUCUCAGUUAGCCCUCGGAGCCCAAGUGAAGUUAGAUACAUUAUUCUCUGUGGGGUUGUAGCAUUAUGAAUUAGGACUGCCAUUGUUUGUUAAGAUGUGGACAAAAGAGGCUAAAAUAUGCGUUAAUGUGUUUGAGAGAAGAAUGUUUUCGUUAUCAAGAUAUUAGUUACUGAGUUAAUGUCGUACUUUGGAAGAACAAUAACAUAGAUUGCCUCGAAGUCAGAAGGAAUUUCAAAACACAGAUUGUUGGCAGAGAAUAAUCAUAAAACAAGUAAUGAUGACUGAAAUGCAUCUGUAUAUAUCCUGCUGUUUGUUGAGAACAUUUCCAACACUGGUCAUAGUAGUGUUUGUAUCACUGUUGGUCACAGGCUGCUAGAUAACCCAGGCUAAUAUCCAGUGUAUGAAAAAAUGCCUGUCCGACCACCCGAGACGGGAUAGAUUUCUGACUGAUGGUCUAAAUUUACAGCUAGCCAGUCCGAUGGUCUGGUAAAAUAUUUAGAUUACAUGUUCAUAGACUGAGUAAUUUUCUUUGGAUUGUCUGGUCUGGUUAAAUCCAUUUUGGGCUGCUAACAUUUUGAAGUUACCAGCCCUGAUGUCUGGCUUGGAUGUUGGCUUAUUUCAUACACUGCUAAUAUCCCACCUCAAUAAUGGCUCUACAUUAUCCUAGCCAGGUGAUCCCAGCGAGUUAAACCCCAGUUACAUAAUUCCAGUCAGUUACCCUCAGUGGGUAACCUCAGCUACUACUCCAGCCAGAUAACCCCAACUACUCACUCCAGCCAGAUAACUCUAGCCAUAUAACCUCAGCUGAUUAUUCUUGUCACUUUUAGUAUUUUCAAAAGUAAAUGUUCACAAGAUGGUAUAGUGGCGAUACAAUGGUUUGUCUGCCUGCUGCUCACUGUGUGGAGUUACCUCCCUUAGCUCUUUCCACAGAUAUUAGCUGAUUGUGUCAUUUCCUCCAAUGAAAGUCCUCAGCCUGUGACAUUGGGUUGGUUGUGUCCACAGUAUAUUUCUAUUGUCCCCAUUGAUAUUCUUCCAACAUUGAGGUGCCAUGUUUUGAUUUAGCUGAAAUAUGUCCGAAAUCCCACGCACACUUAAUAUAUUCAUACAAUUGAAAAAAUGCAUUUGAAAAUAUAAUUAUUUUAAUCAAUCAGCGUAGAUGCAUGUUGUAUUUUGUAGUGAAUCAGCUGUUAACUAACCAGUUUUUCUGCCGUGUAUAGAAUAUUUUCAUGAAAGUUAUUUUCAGAAUAUUCAACUUGCCCAGCAUUACCAAGUUCUGAUUUGUUUUGUCAGUGAGGUACACGAGGUACGUGAUCUCGGCUACAGUUGUCACAUGACUCCUUUGAGAGGCAGUUACAGGUUGGAGCAGUAAGGAAGGUUAACAAUGUACGGAUGAACACAUUCUUCAUUAUAGUGACAGCAACGUUUCGGUGCCUCACUCUCAGAGUGUGGGUUCAUCCCAGAUGGGACUGAGCACCCUGUGUACUUUACUGACAAAGCAGGAAAGAGUUCCUUACGUAUCCCCUGCCUAUUUUUGCGAUGAGCAAACACUAUAGUUCAGUCUAUAGUUUAUAGUUAAAUUAGGUGGGGGCAAGUAAGGAACUCUUACCACAAAGCAUAAUCCCAAAUGUAACAUAUGUUCUGAACUGAUGCUCAUUUCAUUCUACUUUCAAUGUUUAUUAUACAAUUUUGUAUUGGUACUUGACAUUAUAUGUACAUGUUGUAUAUACCCUAAAACCUGCUGCUGUGUUACGGACACUCAAUUUGAAAUUGGUGUUUUCUAGCGUUUUCUCCCUAAAAUUAGAGAAUUGUCUGUUUCUGACGUCUACAAACACAGCUUGAUCCAGCUAAAACCAAUGUAGUUACAUAUUUUACACAAUUGUUUAUUAAUAUAAUAAUGACUCAAUAUAUUGCAGCAUUGUUUCUCUGUUACUAUAGUUACUGAUGUUUUAUACACACCCACAACUUUUGUGUUGAUCUCUUUUUGAACAUGGUGAAGUCGUGGCUGGUUUGAACGUAAAUACGUGCUAAUGUGUCAGUAUGGCUGUAGAGUGAUGGUGACGAUGGUUCAGGGAUAUAUGUAAAACACGUAGCUAGAUUGGUCUGCCCUUAACAAUGAUCUGUUUCCUUCAAGACAUGUUAGAAUAAACACAAUUAUAACUUGAUAUUAUCAGCAUAGAAGAAUCAUUUUUUAACUCAUCUAAGACAGUACUCCAUUCAGCGUUUCUGCAGUAGCGGUUUGUCCCUGUAUAUAUAUACAUGUUGAUAAACUGAUUUUUUUUUAUUAUUGUUAUCUUAAUAUGUUAGCUCCUUAAUUGUAUAUAACAGUAUUAAAAACAUUAUCACAGUGCCCAUCAUUUACACCACUGGGCCAGGUUUCAGGAAGCUGUCUUAGAGCUAAGGCUGCUGCAACCAGGACACAAGAAUAUCUUAUUGCUGAAGCUAUCUUGAGCUUAUUGGAUGAUUUAGGAAUUAUAGCAGUGAUCUUAGUACUGUUGUAAAUCUGUGUCAUAGCAUGGAGUUAUGAUCACAUCUUAGCAUGAAGAUAAAUGGGCCAAGGUCUCAGUGGAACUUUAAAUUGGUUGUGCAUGUACUUUGUAAUAUUUUUUUUAAUAUUGUGUUUUAUUUAGUGAAUGAGUGAUGUCACCAUUUCUUUGGUUACAAUACACUAUUUUCCUGUCAACACCAGUGAAUAUAUUUAACUGUUAUUUAGUUUUGUCAAUGAUAGAAAAGAUGGGACUGAUGUUUUAUAUAGCAUUUGCCCGAGGUGUCCAUUAUUACAGUGUUUGUCAGCACCUUCGCCUUCAGUAGCGAGGCAUACUGUGAGCAUUCCUCAUCCUUUCAACUGUGAUGAUGUGAAGAAACUGAAAUGUGUCUACUGCUUUUUUUGAAAAUUGAAAUCCAACUCACUGUCAUUCACACACAAUGCAUCACAGGCCACAAUAAAUUAUUUUAUUUACAUCCAUAUUUUUUGGAUUAAGGAGUAUUUUGUUUUUAUUGCAGUUUGUGUUUGAUAACCAACAUCAUCAUUAAAGAGUGUGAUUGAUGUAAAGCACUGACAUGUGUGUGUGACUAGGUGAUGGUCAGCAGGUGCUUGGGCCAGUGUUGGAUCUGAGGCAGGUGCUUGGUACAGAGCAAGGCAGGGAUGAUGGAAUCUUUUAUUGUGGCCUAGUGAUGUAGUAGGACAUUUUAAAGUCUCAUUUGUUUUCAGGAAAAGGCAUUAACUGAUGUGUUGUAAUGUCAGGCACUGAUUUGUCCAUGCACAAUUUGAUCAUUCAUGGUCCACUGUCAUAAAGCCGGGAUAUUGCUGAGCUACAAACAAUAUACAUUACGUCAUAAUACUGACAAAAAAACCUGGCAUUUUAUUGGCAUUAAGACAAUAACAACUUCUAUGAUUCUUUGGAAUGCUGAUUCAAGCUACUUUUUGCCCCUUCAGCAAAAAUUAAUCACUUAAUAUGGUAUCAUUAAAAAAGUUUCAUGCAUUCAUGAAUAAACUACAGUGUGCUUCA